AUAGGCGAUUGAUGGCGGGGCAGAGAGGUCACGUGGGGUUUUCUUACAGCGUUCUCGAAGUCGAAACUGAGGACUCUCAGGCUCCUCCUUUCUGAUGAAGCUUAGGGAAGUAGUACCAGAAUUUGUACCCACCAAGUAGGUAGUCUAGUGGACGGAAUUCAGAAUUUUCUUGUUGACGUGAGUGUGAGAGGCAGCCGCGUCGUCGAACCGGAAUCUAUGUCUCCUCCGCUCGCGCCAGAAGGGCUUUCGCCGCUCGUACUGAGGCCGCGCCUCGAGGUGAGGGAAUGUGAAUGAAGCCCACUAUGAGCUCUCAGUUCCAGCGGUGUUCGGUUGCCACUCUCCGGUACAUCUCGCUCGUCUACCUCGCAGGACGUAGCUCCUUGUGCUCAGCCCUUUCACUGAAUAACCCACCGCAUGACGAAAUCAGACUUCGGGGAGCACGACGAGGUUUCGCUGGCGAUGGGGAGGACGCCUUCGAGAGAUCCCUGCUCGACGAAGGUGAGAGGGAUGAAGCGGUGGAUCGAGAGGACGAGGAUGAAGAUCACACCCUGACAAGAUCCUCUCGGGAGGAGCAGGGAGUUGGUAAUAAAGUGAGUAAAGGCCGCAGUGAAAAUCCUAUCGACGAAAACGAUGCUGACAUUAAAGAGCAGAACGAUUCCGAUACCCAAGCGGUAUCUUCAAGUAAGGACAGCACCUUUGCGGACGAGGACGAGGAAGACUCCGACCAAUCACAGGACGAGAUACAAGAACAGUAUCAGCCAUCGUCAGCUCUUGACAAAGAUACGAAGUCUUCGGAGUUGCCUCGUUCAGGCGCUGCUCAUUCAUCAUCGGCAGUAUCCUACGCGAAAGCUACAAGAGUCACAGCUUUGCACGAAUUGCAUCGCGAGAAUGUCAAUGAACAUGAGAUAACAGCACAGCAGCAUCAAGAAAAGCAUAGUAACGCAGAAGAAAAGACAGCAGGUCAGCAGGAUCGGAGGAGAAUUAGUAGAGGACAUCAACAUCACCAGAAAGGCGUUCAAGCUCGACGCUUGAAUCGCGCACGGAAAAGAAGAGAUCGUGAGUCAUCACCUUCGGGGAAGCCACAGCGUUCCAGCAAACGCUCAUCAAAACUUCAUCAAGGCCCACAGCUCAUGCAGAGUCGCCGUCGCGCUGUACGCGAGGUACUAAGUGAGCGACGCAAACUUCCGGGAUUUGAAGUCCCACCAGAGAUGCUGGAUUCUGUGAGUAUGUGCUCCGGUAAUUCCGAAGAGACGCCACUGAAAUUCCAAGUCAACGGGUGCUAUGUCAGCGUAGAGGAUGUCACCACACGUGACUCGGCCCGAUGCGCAGGAUUCUCGGAAGCCCAGGGCCAGUUUUGGAAUUGCAGCGGAAUGUAUUUUGGUGUUCUAGUCUUUUCAAAUCGGACGAGUGCAGGGCUGGGGACAGACUCUAUCAAACUCCAAAUAUGAACCCUUGCACAUGAUUUUUACAACUCUGCAACAUCAAACUACAUAUGAUCUUCUCCGUGUCUACUUUUGAUUUCUUUUAUGUCAAAACUCAUCGUCGGCAUCAUGCUCAUGACACAUAAAGGACCUCCCUUCAUCCAAUUUCGACAGCGGCGUACCCGAGAGUGAGGCGCUCAUGACGGCGAAAGGUAAAUACAGUGGACGCCGGCUGAUGUACGAAAUACCUGAGUUCGAGGCCUUUCAAAGUCUCGAGAUUGACCUUGUGGUUAAAACUCGUGGCACAAUUAUCGACAUUGAAGGUGAUACCGAUUAUGCACCAAAUGCCAACGGGGACGGAGAAUACGAAUACGACGGAAGCCGGCUGGCUGUGGUAGAAAAAGGAUUGUUACCUGUGCUUGAUAGAGCAGCAAUCUUUCAUAUUAAUCUUCAUGAACCACGUCGAAGAUAAACAUCUUCAAUUUGUCGAAGUUAAAAGUUGAUGACAAAAGAACUGAUUUUUUUUGGUCGUCGGACGAGUCGGUAAAAAUACGAGCGACGUUCUCCUUCUCCAACCGCCUACUAAUUUUCUUUCAGGUCCUGCAGACAGUGAGCAACAAAGUUAUGCAUCUCAUCUUGGACGGCCCAAACACUCUGUUCAGUAUCGAUGACACGGACAUAAGCGCCGUCACUCAAACAUGCCCCGACUUGGUAGCGGAUUGCGGGAUUGAAGCCGCCGCAGGUACAUCUAUCUCUGUUUCAUUUGGUCUUGGUGAUGACGUCUGUGUCCUUGUGACUAUUUUCUGCUUGUUCGACUGGACCCUCUGUGUGCUAGUUAGUUUCUUUGUCAUAAUUUUCGAACAUCAGAUGAUUUUUGUUUCUGAUUCUCAGUUAGGCCGGGUCGCUUACACUCCUGGAGAGCAGUUUACGCUACGUCUUGAGACGGAUGACUCAAACGCAAUUAAGCUUGCGGUGACAAUCAACGGAAAUACAACGCUAUUCGGAGACCCACUCGGGAAAGACAUCCCCAGCCAAACAGGAGACGUACAACCGUCGAUGUUUUGAUCUAUCACUUACUCGUACUUCUACGUGUUUGACAUUGAUCGACAAGAACAAUGCUCGCAAUUUCAAAUUAUAUGAAUAUGUACCAGGAGGGGAGCCCCCCCCUGUGGAUGGAGCGGGGGCGGCGUCGGCGCGCCCUUUUUUCCGCGGUGGUGACGCGUAAGGAUUCCCGGAGGCGCAGGCCUCAAAAGCCGGCCCGGAGUCCCUUGGCGGCUCUCCGCGUGUACCUCACAGGCCUCCCGACUCUUGGACCCUAUUAGGGGGACGGCCUCCGGGGGCAGAAGGCCGCCGAAGGCGGCUUCGGUCGCGAGGCCUGGCCCCUUUGGCCCUCAUCCCCCCAAUUGGUGGCAGCGUCAGCCGCCACCAAACGCCCGGGGGCUUGAGGACCAAAGGCGAGGAGGAGUGGGGGCAAGGCGUGCCCGCCUGGGUUCUGUCGGAUACAUGCAGCACGGCGAAAGGGGUCAAGCUUUGCCAUCUGCUGCCCUCGGAGGCCUUCCACUCCCCAAGAAGCUCCCCCCGUGAGGAGCCGCCCGCACACGGGAGGUCUAUCGGGUUCAUGCAACACGGCAAGGGGGUCAAGCCUUGCCGCCUUCGGAAGCCUUCCACCCCCGGCCGUCGGUGCUUGAACGGCCUCAGGUGCUGAGGUUCUGGAGUGUACACGCAAGAAGCCGCGAGGGCGCGAAGGUGGGCGCUUCGAGGCCUUCCUGCCCGGCUGUCCCUCGAGCAAGAGGGCCUGGGGCUGGAGGCCCCCACCUCAAGAAUUUAGAUCGGGGGGCCUUCGCCUUCAGUCCUGAGCCCUCGAGCGUGUAUCCUUACUGGGUACGUAGGAUUGUUUUAGAAAAUUACAUUUGGAAUUUAAGAAGUAGUUGCUUGUGGUGGUCUCUGGUACCCCGACGGCAGCAGAAAUUCACACACGACAUUGCUAAUCCUAGUUCUGGUGCAUGCAGUCAAAUGUUUCUGUCUACCAGGGUGCUGCGAUCGGAAAUCAGAUAGCAAAGGUAGGCAUAUACACGGGGCGGAAUCAAAUCGCCAUACCUCUCCUGUUUCCACAAGAGGAACCCUGUAUUCCGUGGCCCGGACCCGACGCCAGCGGUGGCUCAAGCUCAAGCUCAACGUCGGCGCCGCCGAUUAUGACUUCAAAGAGAAGAAAGGAUCAUUUAUCUAGAAGUAAUUGUCCGACUGUCCGUCGGAUUCUUCUUCACUAGAAGUACAACGGGUAAUUCCUUGAUUAAGAAAAGUGAGCGUUCCCCUCUUCGGUUGUUCCUCUUCUAAUUUUGACAGCACCAAUGACACCGAUGCGACGACUACAGCAGCGCGGCUGAACAUUUGUCCGAGACCUGCACCCGUGGACGUGGCGCGGCAUUUGGUCGCUUUCACCGAGUAUCCGUUCACAGAUUGCGCCGCGGAAGACCUCGGCGUCGACUCCCCGCGUGGCGUUUUCGGUUACGACUUGCUGCAUCGAUGCGCGGACAUAUGCCAGCAGCACCUGGAGUGUGGCGGCUUCCUGAUCAAGAAUACCUACGCGCUGGCUUCCUUGCACGCAGCAUCCGGAACGCAAUUGGCAGACCAGACGUGCAUGUUGAAAAAGACUUUUCUCACGGGCAGGCCUUUGUGGGCAUCUUGCGUGCCCGCCGAUGACGCAGUGACGUACGUUAGACAGACGACACUGAGCUUCAUCGGACAAAACAACGAGUUCCUCACCAGGCCAACCCAGACGCUGGAUCACGAGGCUCUCUUGCCUCUAGGAACCCAGUUUUCGCCGGUGUACGACAACAUUAUUACUCUGGGCAGAGAGAAACAGGAAAAAGAGCGAGCAGCCCAGAAGAUGCGCUAUAAUGCAGCACAAAAUCGAAAUGCAAGUGCACUACUCCUUGCGCUGUCUUCUUCCUCAAAUACAACAAUGGGACGUGGCGAUGGCAACGUACGCGUCUCAUCAGGAACAGCACUGCUCCAGAAAAGUGAGAUUGGAGCAUUCUCACGAACACGGUACACGCAAGGUGCCGUCGGCGGCGAUGUAGGUAAGUAUGUUUGUCAUUAUAUUACAUCGAGUAAUGAAUAUGCUUCUUGUUUCACCUUCAAUAGCAAUUAGCAACAGUAUCAGAUGGCUGAGUGAUGCUCUAGAUUCACUCCUUGGACCGCCUUGAAGAUGGUAUUAACUUUAUCUUUUUGUUGGCAGCAAAUCCAAAGCAUCUGACAACAACACUACUUCUUCAUAAUUGGUACUAGAUGUCAUAUUUUAUGUAAACUGAAUUACAUAUUCUUUCUACACUGAAGGUAAAGUAACGGUGACCUUCUUGGAGCACUCAUACACGGUUUGCGGCGUGUCGAAGCUGAAAGUGACGCCUGAUCGAAAAGAGGAUGUCGACAAACUGAAGGAGCUGAACGGUUACGAACUUUUGCACCGCUGUGCCGAUCUCUGUCAGCAGAUGCGAAAUUGCGGAGGCUUCCAGAUAAAGAAUACAGUAGGUAUCAAUAUCGAAGGGAACGAGGUGUUGGAGAAGCAGCGCUGUGAGCUAAAAUCCACAAUGUUUCAAGGUCGUCCGCUUUGGUCGUUCUGCGUACCUGAUGACUACAUUACCACCUACGAGAAGCAGUCAGUAUUCCGCUUUCUGGGUUCGGAUGCGAUGGCGCUGAGCACCGACAGCCUGGAACCGGAAGUGCUUCCGCUAGCAUCGCAGUUGGAGCCAGUAUUUGAAGACGACUCGGGCGCAGACGCGGAGCUAUAGUAUGAGUUAGUAGUGCUACUCGUAGUCGUACUCGCAGCCGGCUGUAAGAGCUCAUGAAUCUUCCAUAAAUGCAAAAAUAGCGAAAAUGAGAUUUUCUACGUCGGUAAGUUCAAUGGCAACGUCAUAGCUGAAAGAAGUUUUGAGUAUCCAAUCAACAAAGCUCUUUUGUUUUUCUCUGAUUAACACUUGAUGCAGACUUCGUUGUCGAAUGAAGCUCGUGUCGGUGUCUACUAUUGCCAGAUUCGUAUCAACACUGAUAGAUAAGUCUUGUGUUUCAUUUUUCGAGUCUUUUCCAUUUUUCCAAGAAUACUUCACUGAAAUAUACCGUGGCUCUUCGGGCCAGGCAGGGGAUGCGGAGGUGCAGGUACAAUCUAUCACGUAGUUUCAACAGUCAUUGUACAUCAUGAAGAUGUAGAUCAUCGUGUCAUAUUUAGUCGAAGUCGGAGUCGCAAAUACAGAUUUUUCAUAAUAUUCUUCAUGAUUUUCAAUACAUACCUCCUGGACGAAUUUAAAACCUAACGGGAUGUUGACUAGGACGGAAACGAUCAAUAUCAAAUAAAAAAUGAUUAUGAGGACUGUAUACGAAUAGCUUGCUGUACUUAGUGCGAUCACCGCUGCUUGCACAGAAACUGAAUUUGAGGACCAAAACAAAUAAGCAGAUUGGCAGCAACCUUGUAUCAUGUGGAUGUGUACACAUAGUCAUAUAAUUGAUGUGGUCAUAUGCUUGCACGCUCUGCGUGGCCAUGUUGAUGAAAUGCGUCCGAUCAUUCUAGAAAUGCACAUCGAUGGACGUUUCGAAUUUGGCGCCUGCAGCCGCAUCCCCUUUUGCGAGAACAAGGAACAAGCUUUCCCUCUGGCAACAAGAAGAAAGAUGCAGAAAAAAUGAAAAUUAGUCUUUCGUCGUGGUCAAAGAUGCACACGAUGAAAAUCACGCUGAUGGAUUAGAGAAGGACCUCCUCGAAGAGACAACCAC